AUGUGUGUGAGCAACGCAGCCAUACGUCUGGAGUUAAGGAUUGCAUCAUUGGAGACGGUCAUCUGGAAGCGAGUCUUUGGUUAUUGGCUGUCCAGCUGGCACAGGCUUCCCAACCAUUACCUUUUUCAGUGCCUCUGGCGGGACGACUUUGUCAAUCCAUGGGUAGGAAAAAUCCAUGCCAAACUUCUGAGCAUCGGAAUUUCCCCAGCGGACUCCUUAAAGAUGAACUUACGCUCAGCCAAAAGACUUAUUGAGCAGAGAUUAGCAGACAUUGAAAAUCAACACAACCUCGCCGGGGGUGAGGGUGUCUGCUCCCCCAGGUAUCACGGAAUAACCUCACCACUUGGCCUUCCAUCAUACAUGUCAUCUCUUUCAUCUGUACCACACCGACAUGCAUUUAUUCGUGCAAGGUUCAAUGUCUUUCCAUCGAACCUGCUGAGCCACAGAUUUUCCAAGGGUUUGGUGUCUCCGCUAUGCGUGUGUGACGGGAAAACUGUUGAUUCUCUCUCACAUAUAAUGUUCAACUGUCCCCUACAUAGCAUAGCCAGGACUAAAUUCCUGGGCCCUGCUUUACUGCGCUUGGUUGGCAGGCCUGCUGAGUCACAUGCCGCACUACUUUUGCAGGAUACAGAUCCUUCUGUAACUCUGCAGGUGGCGAGAUUCCUGAAUGCAGUUAUCUCACACACAAAAACCACCAAAAACAACAACAUCAAAAACUAAUCGGACAGUUUUGAAGAGAGUGCAUGUCGGAUCCCGUCUUCAGUUCUCCUUUUCUGGGAUCCGUCCCUUGGAGCUCUCCGGGCCCCAAGCUGUUAUCUGGCUCUGCUCAAUGACCCACCCCUGCAUCAUGGUGUUCACCUUCUGGUGCCGAAUAUAUUAGUCUUUAUGCCUCUGUGCUUUUAUGUUUGUACAUACUUUAUGGGCUAAUAGCCGU